UGGUAAAAACAACAUUUCCAGAGUGCAAUACUGAAUUUCGCGGUACGAUGUAAGAUGUGUAAUUGAUGUGCCAUCCAGUUUAGAAAUAGAUUUUGGCAACCCCAUGCAACGUGCGCAUGUGAAUGAGUGCGCAGGCGUACAAUAAACCCAACAUGGCUGCUUCCUCUCUGUAGUGCAAUGCUGAGCUACAUCCUGGGUUAUGCUAACCUGGGAGUACAUAAUGUAUUUUAAGACCGUAAUAACGUUUUUACGAUUUUAGAGAAUGCUCGAAUGCUCGCAGAUGCUGUUGUAAUUUGAUGUUGUGAUGGUUUCACAACGACUAGUGUAUUGUUCUUUGUUUAUCAGAAGCGAAUUGGCUAAUUUAACAUACCAUACUAGUAACGUUAUGAUAUAGAUUGCUGCAGAAAAUGUCUGUACUGUUCAGAGAUACCAAAGGGUGGCUGCUGGAUCAGUGUUCGUAUAUUAACGAAGGUUACCAACACUGCCUUGGACUUGGAGAAACGGAACAAAAACAAUACUUUAGAGGUUGCUUCAAGAAAGAUUAUUUCGAAAUUGUCAAGCCCCAUAUUAUUCUCAAACCGGAUGCCGCUUCUGAUGGUAUACCUGCCCAUAGUGUACGGAUUGUUGAGAAUAAUACAAAUGAAGUGGUUGAGGAAUUGCAGUUAGAUGAUAAACAAUCGAGAAAAACCACGGAUAAAAGGGCAAGUUCAAAAAAGCGGAAACGUAGACACAAGGAGCUGAACCAAGGAGAAAUUGAUUCGCAGGUUCACCAUGAAAAGGUAAGGCGAAUCAUUUUGGAGGGAACUGCACUCAUUGUAGCAGAGGGUCGUUCUUGCGGCUUCUUGUGUCAAGUUGAAAAUGAUGGCGAACUGCACAUUCCGAUUGAGGAUGGUCGUCUGGCGGACUUGUGCGACAUGGCAAAACAACUUCCUGUAGUGGAGGACAGUCAGCAAAAACCUGUGCAGGUUAUUGGUGGUGAUGAUGAGUGUCCAAUGGAGCAACUGGAUUUGUUCACACGGGUAACAGAAAACCAACUACACCAUGCAAGAGAAGUUUUGCUGAUGGGAGAGAGAUAUCUACUUCCACCACGUUGCAGCUUCUUGCUUUCUGACAUUACCAGAAUGCAGCCCCUCCUGCAAUGUGGAAAAAAAUUUGAAGCCAUUAUUCUAGAUCCACCGUGGGAAAACAAAUCUGUCAAAAGAAGCAACAGGUACAGCUUCCUGCCCUCGUCGCGGCUCAAACAGCUUCCUGUCCCGCUCUUGAGCGCCCCGGGCUGCGUGGUAGCCACCUGGGUGACCAAUCGCCAGAAGCACCUGCGCUUCGUCAGGGAGGAGCUGUACCCGCACUGGGGCGUGGAGGUGCUGGCCGAAUGGCUUUGGGUCAAGGUAACCAGGUCUGGAGAGUUUGUGUUUCCUCUGGACUCUCCACAUAAGAAGCCUUAUGAAAUGUUGGUGCUGGGGAGAUUUCGCGGGAACACCGUGCAGAAAUGCAGCUCUUUGGAAGCAUCAGAACCCAUUCUGCCAGACCACAGACUGAUUGUCAGCGUUCCUUCAGUACUUCACUCUCACAAGCCUUCCAUCGCAGAGGUGCUGAAGGAGUAUCUCGCUCCUGACCCUGCGUGCCUGGAGCUGUUUGCUCGCAACCUUCAGCCGGGCUGGACCAGCUGGGGAAAUGAAGUCAUCAAGUUCCAGCAUCUGAGUUACUUCCAUGUGGAGUCAGCGAGCUGUCUCUCCCCUCCCUGUGCCCGGCCUGCACUCUCGCAUUCGCUCUGAAGCCUGUCUGAAAGACCACUCUGCCAGGGGCUAAUGAACAGAGUUCAGCUACAGGUUUAAACUGCUCAGAAGCCCGUCCCAAAGUCCACUCUGCCUGGGGCUUAUGAACAGAGUUCAGCUACAGGUUUAAACCACUCUGAAGCCUGUCCCAAAGUCCACUGUGUACAGGAUAAUGAACAGAGUUCAGCUACAGGUUUAAACCGCUCUGAAGCCUGUCCCAAAGUCCACUGUGCUACAGGAUAAUGAACAGAGUUCAGCUACAGGUCUAAAUCACUCUGAAGCCUGUCCCAAAGACUACUGUUGCUACAGGAUAAUGAACAGAGUUCAGCUACAGAUCUAAAUCACUCUGAAGCCUGUCCCAAAGACUCUGCCGGAUAAUGAACAGAGUCCAGCUACAGGUUUAAACCGCUCUGAAGCCUGUCCCAGAGUCCACUCUGCCUGGGGCUAAUGAACAGAGUCCAGCUACAGGUUUAAACCACUCUGAAGCCUGUCCCAAAGACUACUGUGCUACAGGAUAAUGAACAGAGUUCAGCUACAGGUUUAAACCACUCUGAAGCUUGCUCUGCCGAGACUAUAAUGACACACACAGGUUUAAACCAUGUAAGAUAAAGGUGUUUGAUAUGAAAAUCCCGGUUUGUUUUUAUGAAGUUUAAAGAGCAUGGUAAAUCUCUCUUUUCUUGGUCCCUCUAUGUGUGUGUGUAUAUAUUAUUAACCUGUGGCAGACCAUGGAGAUCUGGGGAAACAGACGGGAUGAAAGACAGCACCAAGUAGAGAUGUUUGGUCAGAGGCUUUGUUUUAUAUCCAUAAGAGGCCCUAGUUACCAGGCUGUGUUUAACUGUAGAACAAGGGUAGAACUUGCGUGAUUGUUUUAAUAUGCAAGUUUAUGAUACUUUCCACAUUGAGUACUAGACAAAUGUGUCAUCACUGAAUUAGUCAUCAAUAUACUGUGGAACUAAAACUGCGUAUUUUAAAAAUAUCUAUAUUGGAAUAUUCAGAUUGUAUUGGUUAACUGAACCAUUUACUUAUUAUAGAUUUGUAACAUUUUCUAUCUUUUUAGAUCAUGCCUAAUAAAGAAAUCUAAGCUA